UCAAAGUAACAUGCAUGUAUAAUUAAUUUAAAAAAAGGAAUAAUGCUUCAACUAAGUUGUUACCGUAUUCAGUCUGCCGACGUAUAUCGCGUCACUUCAAACAAAGGUGAAAAUGAAAUCAAAGGAAACCUACAAUCAUGUACCUGCCAUUUCUUCAUGACCUGCUACGGCCUUCCGUGCAGUCACAUCGUUUACGUAGCAACAGAAAUGGAAAUAUGUCUUCCACAGCAAGCCUUUAACUCCUGCUGGAAAGUCGAAAAAAUACCAAGUCAGGAAGCCUCCCAAAUUGAGGAACCCACCAAUGACUCCAUAACAGUAAAGAUGAAACGCACAAAGGCAAAAAGUUUCACUAGAGAACAAUUAUGGGUGGAAGCUAACGAAUUAGCAAAAGAAUGGGCAAAUACGUUAACAAAUCUACCGAUUCCGGCAUUCCAAGGGCAACUGAACGCCAUGAAACACUUGAUCGAGUGUGCGAAAAAUAACAUCACAAUCAACUUCAACGAAAAGAUCAGACCAACAGAAGAGAAAGAGGCAACCAACCUUGUGAAUGAGCAAUUUAUGCAAAUAGCCAUACCAAAUUCCACUGCAUGCGAAACACACAAACAACUAGCUUUAAACAUGGAAGAUGACAUCACGAAAAUGGCGAAAGAACUAAAUUCCAAUCAGCAUAAUAUAGAUGAACAACAGCAAAUGGAAACAGAGGUUCAACAAAUCACAGAAGUAGUGAAUGAACUCGUAGUCGUACCUGACGUCAAAAAAAAAAGAGUGAAAGAUUGAAGAAACUAAAACAAUUGAAACUUGUAAACAUAAAAAGACGACAGGGUAAACCAAGAACAACUAAAAAGCUUGAUAAAUACAAGUACAGUCCCAAACCA